UGGUGGCAACCAUUGCAACCGAUGAUGAAUGAUAAUAUUGUACAUGACAAAAAUAAUAAAGAAUCAACAACAAUGCCUGAAUUUUGGAAUCAUAAACGACGAAUGGAAUGGCUAACAAAUCUAUGGAAUCGAAAUUGUACACUUGGCUAUAUGAAUGAUAUGAUUAUGAUGCCAUCAACAUCAUCGAACAACAUGAAUAAUAGACAACAGAAAUUGAAUGAAGAACUAUCGUUGAUUAUGGAUUUUGUUCAACAAAUACAACAGCAGCCAACAUUGAAAAAAUCAUCAUUGUCCUCAGAAGAAGAAGAAGAAAAAGAAGCAAAUAAAAAACCAAUAACGGUUAAUAAUUCAUCAUCAUUUAAUGAAUUGCCAACCGACGUUAUUACUAAUAAUGUUGUUGAACAACAAAAAAAUUCAUAUGAAAUGAAUUUGGCAAUCAGUAGUGGUGGAGCUGAUGUCGGUGGUGGCGCUACGAUCAAUUCGAAAUCGUUACAUUUUUAUUUGGAUGAUGACGAAAUGAUGCAACGUUUUCAGCGUGAUUUAUCUGGAAAAAUGAAUAAUUAUCAUUACAAUUCUAUAAUGGAAGAUAAUGAUGAUGCAGACAAUUCACUAUGUCUAAAUCAAAUGGACAAAUCGAAUAGCGUUUUUAAAGAAAAUUCAAUUAUUGACGAUAAUUUUCUACUUCCAUCAAUGUCAUCAUUAUCAUCAUCACCGUCGAAUGAUGUGAUUAAUAUGACAGAAUUGAUUAAUAAUGUUCUUGAAUCGAUUAAUCAUGAACAACAGAAUGAAGAAGUUCCUACAAAGGAAUGCUUUCUGACAUCAUUAUCAAUACCGAUACGAUCGACCGAAUCAUCAUCAUCAUUGACAAAUUCGAAUGAUUUACCAUCAGAUUUUGAUGUGAAACAAAUACCCACAUUUUUACGUAAAGAUCUAGACACCACAAAUAUUGAAACGGCAAGUGUUGAUGAAGAAAUAGUUAAGAAACCAUCUGGACCAUUUUCGAAACGUUAUAAAUUAAAAUCGUCCGAUGAUUCUGUUGAUUCUUUCAUAAAAUUUCCACAAAUUUGUGAUGAUAAUUAUAUUAAUGGUCAUGUAGUGACGUCCACUAGUAAUGUGGACCAUUCAACACGAACAUCAUCGCAACAAAAUUGGUAUACAUUAGAAUCGGAAAUACAAAAUGGUGUUGGAUAUCAAGAACAUAAUGAUGGCAUUUAUUAUUAUGGUGAUGAUAUGGCAGGCAACCUGAUGGAUCCAGAUGAAACACAUUUUAUGGAAUCAUAUGGAAAUGAUUUAUACAACUAUGAUGGCUAUCUCAUCAAUAUGCCCAAAGAUGAUGAAAAUGACUUUCUAAAAACAUCUUCAUUAUCUCAUCAUUAUCAAUUGAUCUCAAAUUCAUUUGGUGGCCAAAAUAAUUUUCUCACAUCAUCAAUGUCAUCAUAUGAUAUUGAUGGUUUACAACCUGUGGAUUUAAAAUUCAAAUUGGAGAAUCGAUUUUUGGUUCCUGAUAAUGAUACCAAACCAGUACUGAAACCAUGUGCAUUUUAUCUUGAAAAUGCAUGUGCUCGUCUUGAUUGUAAGUUUUCACAUGAUCUUUCAUCCAUACCAUGCAAGUAUUAUCUUGAAGGUGCUUGUUACAAGGAGGAAUUCUGUCCAUUUCUUCAUGAAAAACCAAAAAGUGACUUGGAUCAAAUUGAUCCGGAAAUGUUAGCCUCAUUAUCAUCAACAACAUCAUAUAUGAAUCCUAAAUCAUCUCAAUUCAAAAUUGAAUCCGAUUCCGACUUUCCAUCAUUGUUUGAGGAAUCUAGGAAUACAAUUUCCGAAGCGAAUGACGCACCAGUGGAAAAUCAACGGGUGAAUUUUCUUUAUAAAACAACCAAUCUAAAACCAGCUGUCAGUUCAAGAAAAUCGCCAUUACAGUCAGAUUUGAAAUCUAAUUAUGAUGAUGACAGUACACAAUUGCCAAAUGCAUCAUUUUCAUCACAGAAUUUUGCCAAAUGUUUUAAUACAAACAAAACGGUCAAAACACCAUUGGUUGUACCAUCAACUCAACCAAAAGAAAUAGUUGAAGAGAAACAAGAAGAAGAAGAAGAAUGGCCAUGUUUAUCGGGACCUAUAGAAAAUUCUACGACUAUUGAUCAGAAUCAUGUCAAUAGUUUAUCUACAAAAUCAUCAACAUUGUCAUCGAUAUCAUCGUCAUCAUCAUCAUUAACGACGAAUAAAGUGAUAUCAUUGAAAAAUACUAAUAAUCGUAAUGGUUCGAAUUUUCGUGAUAAAGUUUUAAUGAAAUCUUCAUCGAAAAAGAAUAAAAAAAAUCAACUUAAUAAUCAUUCAUUGACAACAACGAAAAAUACAUCAUCAUCAUUGAAAAGUAUAAUGAACAGUUUUUAAAAAAAAAGCUUGAAAAAAACAUCAAAUCUCUAGUCACAUAGGAAAGGCCAAACAUACAACAAUUCGGUUUUUUUCUCCCAUAAUAAUUGUCAUCACUCAAAUUACCUGUUUAAUUUUUUUCUACAUUGCUACUCUCGAUUUUUUUACUAACUACUUGAUGAUGCUGCUGGUAUUUACACACACACACA